AUGGCGACGCAGGACACGUACAACGGCAGCGGCGGCACGGGCGACUCGGGCCGCAGUCGAUCCACGAUGACGAUCUCGUCCGUCAUGGCCGACAUCAAGGAGAAGUUCAAGAACGACGAAGAGGACCAGGUGUCGCCGUUCCAGGGGCUGGACAAGGCCACAGUGCUGCAGGAGACCAAGAUCUUUUCCGACGCGACGACCGUGACGCGUCACCCGAAGAAAUGCUGUCAGCUGAUUACCAAGCUGCUGCACAUCCUGACGCAGGGAGAGCCGUUCACCAGUGCCGAGACGACGGCGGUCUUUUUUGGCGUCACGAAGCUCUUUCAGUCGAAAGAUGCGAAUCUACGUCGUAUGAUGUAUUUGUUUAUCAAGGAAGUGGCCGAGGCCACUGCUGCCGAUGAGGUGAUCAUUGUGACCCAGAGUCUGACGAAGGAUAUGAGCUCUGACGUCGAUCUGUACCGUGCAAAUGCGAUUCGAGUGCUUUGCCGGAUCAUUGACGGCUCCAUGUUGAACGCGAUCGAGCGUUACAUCAAGCAGGCAAUCGUGGACCGUAAUGCACUCGUUGCCAGCUCGGCAUUGGUGUCUGGUAUCCACUUGAUCAAAAGCAACCCAGAGAUCGUGCGGCGCUGGGUGAACGAGGUGCAAGAGGCCGUGAAUUCGACGCACGAUAUGGUCCAAUACCACGGCGUUUCGCUCCUGUACCAGAUCCGCCAGCACGAUAAGCUCGCUGUGUCAAAGUUUAUUGUGCAGCUGCAGAAGACCAAUCUGCGCUCGAACCUUGCAACGUGCUUGCUGAUCCGUUACACGGCAGCCCUGUUGCGUGAAAGCACAAACGGACAGGACACCACGCCGCUGUACGGAUUUCUGCAAAAGAUGCUCCGUCAGAAGAACGAGAUGGUCAUUUACGAGGCUGCCAAGGCGCUGUGCGCUCUGCCUGUGGAUGCGCGUGACUUGACACAAGCAAUCGUCGUGCUACAGUUGUUCUUGGGGUCGUCAAAGCCUACUCUUCGUUUCGCUGCUGUGCGGACACUCAGCCAAGUGGCGCUGGCGCAGCCUAUGCUGAUAACACGCUGCAAUGAGGACAUGGAGACGCUUAUUUCGGACUCCAAUCGUUCCAUUGCGACUCUGGCGAUCACCACGCUCUUGAAGACUGGUGCCGAAUCGAGCGUGGAUCGAUUGAUGAAGCAAAUCUCGACGUUUAUGGGUGACAUCGCUGACGAGUUCAAGAUCGUCGUGGUGGAGGCGAUCAAGAACUUGUGCUUGAAGUACCCUCAGAAACACCGCAUUUUGCUGAACUUUCUGGCCAAUUUCCUCCGCGAGGAAGGUGGGUAUGAGUUCAAGAAGACGAUUACAGACGCCAUUCUGUUCCUGAUUGACCGCAUCCAAGAGUGCAAAGAGACCGCGCUACUCCACUUGUGCGAGUUCAUCGAGGACUGUGAGUUUGCACAGCUAUCUACAAAGAUCUUGCGCGUACUGGGGCAGAAAGGUCCCACCACGUCAGCACCUGCACGGUACAUCCGUUUCAUCCGCAACCGCGUCAUUCUUGAAAAUGCCCCUGUGCGCGCAUCAGCCGUUUCAGCGUUGGCCCAGUUUGCCAUUCGAGUGAGCUCGCUCCGUUCUAGUGUAUCAUCUCUACUGCAGUGCUGCAAACUUGAUGACGACGACGAAGUCCGCGAUCGUGCCACGAUGUAUCUUGCCGUCCUAGAAGGCGAUGAGACGACCAGCCGCAACCUCCUUGUUGAUGACUUUCCGAUGAGUGUGGCGGCGCUUCAGAAGUCGAUCGAUCAGUACGAGCUGCGCCCUGCUGAUGGUCCGCUUACCUUUGAGACACUGCCUCACGUCGAAGUCGUUGAAGAUGACACCGAGACGAAUACAGACAGCGCGGAGACUGACAAUGGCGCUGUCCAGGCCGACGCUGCUCCUGAGCCUCAAGAUCUUGCGAAGGAACUGUAUACGAUUCCCGAGUUUGCCGAGCUGGGUGCGCUUUUCCGCUCAUCCAAGCGUCUCGAAUUGACGGAAGCCGAGACGGAAUACGUCGUCAGUUGCACGAAGCACGUGUUUCCCCAGCACAUUGUACUCCAGUACAAGGUGCUGAACACGGUGAGCGACCAGCUUCUCACGAACGUGAGCAUCGGCUUCGUCAUGGAGCCUGACGACAUUUGGCAGGUGCACUCUGUUGUCUCCCUGGACAAACUGGCCUACGGGAAGACGGGCUCGUGCUACGUCUGCUUGCAGUACAUCGGAGACGGCGUUUACCCCAUCGUGCAACUCGCCAACGUCGAGUUGAAGUUCAAGGUGCACGAAGUGAACCCGUCGUCCGGCGAGGUCGAAGACGAUGGCUUUGAUGAGGAGUACCCGAUGGAAGACAUCGACAUUAGCGCGUCGGACCUGAUGGCCAAGAUCUCCGUGAAUGACUUCCGCUCGGCUUGGGAGCGUAUCGGCGACAGUGCCGAGGUGAAGGGCAGUUACGGCCUGAAGUACAAGAGCAUCGUGGAGGGCGUGGCAGCAGUCAUCGAAAACCUCGGCAUGCAGCCUUGUGAGAACACGGCCGUGCCACAGCCAAAGGCCAAGGCACACAUUCUUCUGUUGUCAGGCGUGUUUGUUGGUGGCCUGAAGGCGCUGGUGAAGUCAAGAAUAUCGCUGGAUGAACAGGGCGGCGGCAUGAUUCUGCAGAUGGCCGUGCGUUCGGAGGCGGAAGAAAUCAGUCAAACCAUCAUGGACUGCAUUAGAUAA